ACCCCAAGUGAACCAGUUGAUCCGGCCGUACUGAAGGAAAAGAUUGCCGACGAUCUGAAGUCAACAGCCACGAUGAAGUGCGGCGGAGACGGACCGGACGGAGUUCCGCUUAAAAAGGAUGACCUUCUGGAGCGCUUGGACAAUAUCGACACCAGUUCGGAAGCGGUGAAAGCACCGGGUGCCGGAGGUAACUCGGACAACGAUGUAGACAUGGAAAACGACGAUUUAAUCCAGCGGCUGGAAGCGAUGGAAAAAGGCGAAGAAGAUGCAUCUGUUUCUUCCAAAGGCGACAAGAAGGAAGAUGCUGUUACUGAGGUGGCUCACCAGAACGGGUUGGAAAAAUGUAACGAAGCAGACUCGUUGCCGGAGGAAGACCAGGCACUGAAUGAAGAAGAUAAGAUGGAGGUUGAUGCGGCUGAGAAAAAGGAUGAUGUCUCUUCGUCAGAUUCUGCAGUAGUAGCUACGGCUACAAAUGGCGACCCGAACCACGAGCAACAAGAUCAGCCAUCGAGCUCUGUCAAACGGCGACAUUCGGAAGACGAAGAGGCGGUUGAACCGUCGAGCAAAAAGGUUCACGUGGAAGAAGCACCUCCAAGUAACGAGGAAUCGGCUGCAGAAUGCACGAUUUCGGCAGAAACGGUAGACACAAAAGUAGAGGAAUCUGUGGUUGAAAUGGAGAAAAACACCGAAUCGGAGAAUGUUGAAGAACCUGUCGCCGGAAAGGAAGAGCAAUGUACCGAUGAAUCAGACAAAAAGUCGAUUACCUCUGAACCGGAACCGCCGAUUCUUGACGAUAAUCCUAAAGUAGAGGAACGUGAUCCUGUGGAAGAAUCUGCCCCUCCACCGGGUCCGGAUCCUAGUGAUGUUACUACUUCCGAAGCGGACGAAAAUCCUGAGAAGGAUGCUACUGACGCGGUUAACACUACUUCAACUGAAGUCGUCGACGAUAAAGAAGCGAAUGACACAGAGGCACCGCCAGCCACAGUGGAUUCUUCGACAACGAAAACUGAUUCGGAGGAAACAAUUGACGAGGAAAAAUUGUUGGAGAGUGAUUCAAAAUCACCUGAGUCAGAUGUAGAGCCAACAUCAGCAGAUGAGACUGUGAAGCCAGCGGCAUCGGACGAAGUUUCGGCAGAACAACAAGCAGAGAAUGAACUGACGACUAAAGAGGAGGACGAACCUAUCGACCAAGAUACGGUAACAGAACAAGUCGCUCCAGAAGAGACUAUAGCCGCAACGGCUGUCGACGACGUCACUGACAGCAAGAACGAUGAUGUUGCGGCAGUGGAAGUGGAAAAGCCUGAACAAGACGAACCCGUCGAAGACAAAAUCACUGAAGAAAUCCAGGCAGAAGAAAAGUGCACAACUGAGGAAGCACCUGUAUCAGAACCGGUAGAAGACGUUCCUAAAUCGGUCGUUGCAGAAAACAUCGAACAGGAACCAUCCAGUGAAGCGCCUCAGGCUGAGGCAGAGUCAAAAUCCGAUUCGCUUCCAGAUACGGAACCCAACACCGAACCAUAAUCACCGGUAGAAGAACAACCGACCAGUUCUUCUCCGGUACCUGAAGCGAAAAGUGAAGACACAAUUACAUCUUCCUCGGAGCCGAAAGAAUCAGCUCAACCGAACUCAGCAGAUCACACUGAUACAGCUGAAGAGCCUGCUGAAGUUGACGCGGUCACUAGUUCCGAUGAGAAACCUUCGGUGGAACCAGUUGUGUCUGCCGUGGAAGUUGAUUCCACGCCGGAAGUUGUUACACCUAUUACAACCAAGGAAGCAGAACAAUCUGAUGAAGCAAUGGAGGUGGACAGUGAACCCGCUGCUGAAGAAGCUUCACAGGCGGAAGUCACGGAAGCUCCCUGCGUUGAAAAACAAGCAGCCGAUGAUGUUGUGGAAGCCCCAGAGACAACUCCAGAACAAGAAGCGGCGCCUGCUACAAUUCCUGAACAAGCGGAACCAGCGCAAAACCCAAUUGAGAAGGAUGAAUCUAUGGAAGUCGAUUCUGCUCCAGUUCCGACACAGAGCAAAUCUAACGAUGGAGAUGUGACGGAAAGUAUGAACACUUCCAGUGAAGAAGCAAUCGAAUCUCUCGACAACGCUGACUCUGCCAUCGUAGCCGAUAGUCAGAGCGAAGUAACGGCAACGACUUCAGCGCAUAACAAAAAUCUGGACGCAACCGAAGGACCUGAGAACGAAUCCAAAGCGGAUGCAUCGAAGGUAUUGGAUGACAGCAUCGAAAGUUCAUUGCCAACUUCCAGCUCUGACAAAAUGGCCGACCGGCUAAAGCAACGCCUGGAUCUCAUCUCCAAUGGAAGCAGCACUCCGAAUGCUGCCGUCAGUUCCAGUAAUGUCUACAAUUCAACGCCGAUUCAAAAGCAGUUUGAAAUAAGCUCGGAAAAUGUAAGCAAAAUCACUCGGCACUCGGUGGACAACAGCGAGCGGGAGGAAGAGGAGCAUAGUGCCAUUGUUGCUGAUAAUUCGACAGUCGACGAAAAGGAUGCCACCGUUGCUUCCACAUCCGGUGUGACCGGAUCAUCCGAGCUGGAGUUGACUGCGACAAGUAAGGAAAUUGUUGCAGCGGUCAAGGAUGAGAGCAGUUUGAAGACGACAGAAUCCUCGGAGGUUGAUUCGUGUACCGCUUCUUCCGCUCUUAAUACCGCCGAUGAGAUCAACAUGUACGCCAGCAAUGCACGGAAAUUCAACGGCAUUUCCUCCACUUCCGGUUCUGAAUUGGACGAAAAAUCAGGCGCCCCGUCAACAAGCAUUACCACUACAGCAGCCACCACAACGACGGCAGCCAACAAGCUGGAUCUCACUACGGCUCUGACGUCCGAGGAAGCUCUGUACGAGGUCAGCGUCUGGUUCGACGGAACCGAUCUACAGUUUUUAUCCGUCGAAAGACUAGAGCAAAAACUACUGUCGACAGGUGCCGCCGGAACGGCAGUGACAGGUUCUACGCAAGACCUAACCGGUAUCGAUUCCUCAAAACAGUCCUCUAAUGGUAGCGUCGGUAGCCUCGGUCCUUUUUCGCUCCCUCCACCGCGCCCAGCACUCGAUUCGGCCAUGUCACAUUCAAGCACAACCGAAAGCUCCUCAGGAACAAGUCAAAUCAAGGCAUCCCUGUCCAAAAGUAAGCAUACAGUGCGGGGGUACCCUCUUCAGCGAACUUGUUCGGGAGAAACCGGAGAAACAGAGCUAGCCUGUAGAAGCCCGAAUAGUUAA